UUCGCUAGGUAAACAAAAUGUUUACUGUAACUAUCUAGCUAUCAAUGCCAUCACGGGACGACCAAACCUACUCGAGAGUUGUCAUGUGCGUUGAUAGCGUGAUAAGUAGCAAAGUCUACUUUGAUUAAACAUUUGCAAGCCCAACAUGUGUUGUCGCUUGACAAAAUACAACUGACUAAAGGUAGCUAACUUAGCUGGCUAGCGUUAGCUGUAAUAAUUAACUAGUUAGCUGGCUGCUUUUUAAAUAAAUUAACGCUAGUUGCUCACGAAUCAAGCUGGGUAAUGUAGUCCACACACCGGUUACUUGUGUGGACUAUUGCUAGUGGAAAAAUAAAUUAUCCAGCGGCGGCCACUGUACGAUCAAGCACAAGAUACGCAAGGAGGUGCGGUUGACACACCACAGACAAGCUUGCUCUGUCAGUGCUGAUUGUUAGAAGGUGAUUUUACAGGAGCCAUGAACUACGCUCGGUUUUUGACAGCUGUCAGUGCAGCUCGGAAGCCCUCACCUAUCCGAAUGUUAACUGAAAUCCAGCAAAGGUCACCCCCAUCCAUGAUCUCCUUGGCCGCAGGGGCUCCCAACCCCAACACCUUCCCCUUCCAUUCCUGCUCCAUCCAGGUGAAGAACGGGGAUAUGAUCACCUUCGACGAGACCAUGAUGAAGAGGGCUCUGCAGUACUCGGCCUCCAGCGGAAUCCCGGAGCUGUUGACUUGGAUGAUGGCCCUUCAGAGGAACCUUCACAACCCUCCUACAGCCAACUACAGCGCUGAGAAGGGCAAGAUGGACAUGUGUGUUACUACAGGCAGCCAAGAGGGUCUCUGCAAGGUGUUUGAAAUGCUUGUAAAUCCCGGAGAUAACGUUCUCCUGGACGCGCCCACGUAUUCUGGAACUCUCGCUGCACUCCAGCCAUUGAGAUGUAACCUGAUCAAUGUGCCCAGUGAUCAGCACGGUAUGAUCCCGGGUGGGCUGAAGGAGGUGCUGUCCCGCUGGGACCCGGCAGAUGUCCACAAGCCACACAGCACCGUACCCAGAGUCCUCUACACAAUCCCCAAUGGAGGAAACCCCACCGGGGCCUCCAUGACCACCCAGAGGAAGAGGGAUGUCUACGAGCUUGCCAGGCAGUAUGACCUCCUUAUUAUUGAGGACGACCCCUAUUACUUCCUACAGUUUGACAAGCCUUGGGCUCCCACGUUUCUCUCCAUGGACGUUGACGGGAGAAUCAUCAGGACAGACUCCUUCUCAAAGAUCCUGUCGUCAGGGCUGAGGAUAGGCUUUGUGACUGGGCCCAAGCCGCUGGUGGACAGAGUGGUACUACACAUCCAGGCUUCUACAAUGCAUACCAGCACCUUCACACAGCUCAUGGUGUCCCAGCUGCUGCAUGGCUGGGGUCAAGAAGGCUUCCUCAACCACAUAGAUGGAGUGAUUGAGUUUUACAGAACACAGAGAGAUGCCAUGCUCUCCUCUGCAGACAAGUGUCUCAAAGAUGUGGCAGAGUGGCACGCCCCAGCUGCAGGCAUGUUCCUGUGGAUCAAGGUGAAUGGUGUCACAGACACCCAGAAGCUGAUCAUGGAGAAGGCUAUGGAGAAGGAGGUGCUGCUUGUCCCUGGAGGUGUAUUCAUGAUCAACAGCUCAGAGCCGUGUCCUUAUGUCAGAGCGGCCUUCUCCCUCUCCACACCGGAACAGAUUGACGAGGCUUUCAAGAGGCUCUCUGCACUCAUCAAGGAAUCUUUGUGAGGAGCACAUCAGAUACCAACUGGACGACAAACUAUUUUCAUUGGCAGAGAUCUUUUAUUUAUUUAUUACAAAAUCACUAGCUUUUAUUAGUCUCAUGUACGGGAUACACCGCCUGACGAAAUGCUUAUUUGCAGGGUCCUUCUCGACAAUGCAACAACCAUAAGAAAUAAUCAAAUAUAAAGAAUAUGAACAUUAGUGGCUCGGUAGAAUAGAAGAAACGUUUUAGCAUAAGUUUAAUACAGGAAGGCACAAUUUAUAGUCUAUAGUAUUUACCAAUCAUAAGAAUUUGGUAUCUCUGUGUGUGUGGGCUCCGAUACCGUCUGCUGUGGGCCUUCCUCCGGCACCGCUUUGAGUAGAUGCCCUGGAUGGGUGGGAGCACAGUGCCAGUGAUGUACUGGGCCGUCUUCACCGCCUGCUGGAGGGCCUUGCGGUUGUGGACAGAGCAAUUCCCGUACCAGGCCGUGAUGUAACCAGUCAGGGCACUCUCAGUGGUGCAGCGAUAGUAUUUGGAGAGGACCCAGGUCUCAUGCAGAAUUUCUUCAGCCGCCUUAGGAAGUAGCGACGCUGUUGCUUCCUCUUGACAAGAGUGGUGGUGGUGUUGGUCCACGUCAAGUCCACAGUGAUGUGGACGCUGAGGAACUUAAAACCAGCUGACUCUACUGCAGUCCCAUUGAUGUGGAUCGGGGCAUGUUCCCUCUGCUUCCUGAAGUCAGCAAUCAAUGCCACAAACUUGAAUCACCUGCAAUCACAACGAUACAAAUUUACGCCAGACAAGGUACGCAUGUUGCCUUGGAGAUGACUGUGAAUGUAUUCACCGUUUUGCAGUCCUUGGUCUAGCGUGGUAGCUAACACUGUGUCACACUAUUUACAAUUCCACAACUAAAUUAUCAUUACUUGAGCCGAGCAUUUCUGAACUCCAAAACGUUCAUAGUUUUUAACUGAAAUGUUAGACCGUAUGUACGCUUAACAAAAAUAUAAAUGCAACAUGCAACAAAUUCAAAGAUUUUAGUGAGUUACAAUUCAUAUAAGGAAAUCAGUCAAUUUAAAUAAAUUCAUUAGGCCCUAAUCUAUGGAUUUCACAUGACUGGGAAUUGUCCCAAUCCUCUUCAAUGGCUGUGAAAAGUUUCUGGAUGCUGGCGGGAACUGAAACACGCUGUCGUACAUAUCAAUCCAGAGCAUCCCAAACAUGCUCAAUGGGUGGGUGACAUGUCUGGUUAGUAUGCAGUCCAUGGAAGAACUGGGACAUUUUGAAUUAUCAUGAAACAGGAGGUGAUGGCGGCGGAUGAAUGGCAUGACAAUGGGCCUCAGGGUCUUGUUACGAUAUAUCUGUGCAUUCAAAUUGCCAUCGAUAAAAUGCAAUUGUGUUCAUUGUCCGUAACUUAUGCCUGCCCAUACCAUAACCCCACCGACACCAUGGGGCACUCUGUUCACAAUGUUGACAUCAGCAAACCGCUCACCCACACAACGCCAUACACGUGGUCUGCGGUUGUGAGGCCGAUUGAACGCACUGCCAAAUUCUCUAAAAAGACAUUGAAGGCGGCUUAUGGCAGAGAAAUUAACAUUCAAUUCUCUAGCAACAGCUCUGGUUGACAUUUCCGCAGUCAGCAUGCCAAUUGCACGCUCCCUCAACUUGAAUCAUCUGUAGAAUUGUGUUGGGUCACAAAACUGCACAUUUUAAGGUGCACCUGUGUAAUGAUCAUGCUGUUUAAUUAGCUUCUUGAUAUGCAACACCUGUCAGGUAGAUGGAUUAUCAUGAUAAAAGACAAAUGCUCACUAACGGGGAUAU